AGACUAUUUUACAAGUGACAUUUACUUCUUCGACUGACAGUGCAAGGCUACGUUCAGAAACGUCACUCGGACUGACAUAUACGUCAUUGUUGCCAGUAUUAAAAAAUAUUCUACAACUACGUUUCGUUUCACGCAAACUUAAUAAAAUGGAGACACAAUUCCAACUUUUGUUUGAUAAAAUGAAACUAGAAAUGCAACAACAAUCGGUGGAAAUUACUGAAUCCAUUACAAAUAACAUAAUGUCUAGAUUGGAGGAAAAGUUAAUCCCCAUUAUAGAAGAAAACAAAAGUUUGAAGUUAAAAAUAGAAACUCAGGAGAAAGAGAUAGAGUAUUUAAAAAGAGAAAAAAGGAAUAACAAUAUAAUUAUAUUUGGCGUGGAUGAAACAGAGAAAACAACAUUAGAGUUAAUGGAUAUGUUAAAGAAAACCUUCAAAAACGACAUAAAUAUUGAUAUCGAAGACAAUGCAAUAAACAAUUUAUACCGACUAGGGAAGAAAAGUAUAGAGGGUAACAAACCGAGGCCAGUCUUCUGUUCUUUCGUAAAUGGAUGGAAAAAGAAUGAGAUAAUGAAAAAUAAAAAACACCUUAAGAAGAUUUAUGUCACUGAAGACUACCCAAAGGAAAUUCUGGCGAAAAGGAAGGCGUUACAGGCUGAGUUGAUAGAAGAAAGGAAAAAAGGGAAAAUAGCCUUUCUGAAAUAUGAUAAGCUUGUAGUGAAGGAAACAAUUAACGAAAAAAGAAAACGGGAAACUUCUUCUUCACUGCUCUCUUCAGACUUACAACCUAAAAAACAGCAAGCCACCGCAUCCUUGGCUAAUAGAACCAACGUUUUUGACGUGAUGAGAAUGAGAUCCAACUCUCUUACUAACGCCCCUACAAACAAGCAACAGUAGCAACUAAAUCUCGGCAAUCGGAAACUACAACAAAACAAAGAAACAAAAAUACAGUCAAACGGAAAAUUACACCUUCCCCCAAGCCGACUGGUCAUCGUGGGGGAAAAAGACCAACACCCUCUAAGGAUAGACAAACAAAAAAGUAAUAAUAAUAUCGGCGACAUACACAUAGCGACGCUUAAUACACGAUCGCUAAGAACCCCAGAGAAACUCA